CAGUCUAGUAUGUAAAAUUGCAAAAGCCUUGGCCUUCUUCUCCUCCAAAGUCCAAAACUCUCUAGUUUCUGUGUCUUUCCUGGAGAUUUACUUCAGCAAGUCCGAGUCUUUGGACCGAAGAGCAACAUGGGGGUCGCCGUCGGAGCUGCUUCUCGGAUCAUCCUUCUUCAUCUGCUACUUCUACUGAGCUCUCAUUGCCAUGGAUGUUCGGCUAGAUUGCUGAACGAAAAUCAUGGAGAGAAAUUCAUGGACCACAGUCCCUCUGGAUUUUCUAAAAUUGAUGGUGAUGGUCAUGCUCAUGCUCAUGCUCAUGGCAUGUCCCAUGCGGCUCAUCUCAUGAUGGACCCUCAAUCGAUGAUCUUCUUCACCUUGGAUGACCUCAAGCCAGGCAAAACCAUGCCCAUCUAUUUCCCCAAGAGAGACCCAUCAUCCUCCCCUCGCUUCUUGCCCAGAGAAGAGGCUGAAUCUGUCCCGUUCUCAUCCGGAGCCCUCCCUUAUCUUCUCGAUCACUUCUCGUUCUCAACCGACUCUCCACAGGCCAAAGCCAUGGAGGACACCUUGAAGCACUGUGAGUCCAGAUCCAUCAAGGGAGAGACCAAAUCAUGCGCAACCUCGUUGGAGUCCAUGCUCGACUUCGUCCACGGCAUCUUGGGAGGCAAAUCCCCCCGCUUCCGGGCCAUUUCCACCAGCCACUUGAUCGGAUCGAGCACCCGGUUCCAGAACUACACUAUCCUAGAAGAGCCUAGAGGCGUGCCGGCCUCGAAUAUGGUGUCGUGCCACACCCUGCCUUAUCCCUACGCGGUCUUCUAUUGCCACAGCCAGGAGACCGAGAACAAGGUGUUUGAGAUUGUCCUAGCGGGCGAGAAUGGGGACAGGGUAAAAGCGGUCGCAGUCUGCCACUUGGACACGUCGCAGUGGAACCGCGACCACCCAUCCUUCCGUGUGCUCGGAAUCGAGCCAGGGACCCUGCCGGUCUGCCAUUUCUUCCCCGCGGACAACCUCGUCUGGGUCCCGAUAGCUCCUGCUCUUAGCAUGAUGUGAUCGUGUGUUUGGGAAAUCUAAUUCUAUAUCAUUAGGCAUGUCAUUGUGUAUCUCUUUCUUCUUGUACUGUUUGGAAUGUGUGUGCUCUGCGCGUCGAAGCAUAUUAAUAAAGAACCCUUUAAUCCUAUGACACUCCUUGUGA